AAGUUCUGGAACUGUGGAUGCCAGAUGGCUGCAGUGAAUAUGCAAACACCAGAUGUACCGUUCCAAAUGAAUAGUGCCUUCUUCGAGCAGAACGGUCGAAGUGGCUACGUGCUGAAACCGAAUUUGAUGCGAAAACCUGACGCUAAAUUCAAUCCGUUCGAGACGAGAACCAUGGAUUUGGUUGUACCUGCAUAUCUUUCCGUCACUGUACGCUAG